AAGCUCAGAGAGAAAAUGGCUGUUUUCGAGUCGCUGCUGCAGUUUUCCAGCACUGGUACAUUACUGGGAGCUUUGCUGUUGCUUCUGGUUUUGUACUUGCUUUCUACUGGAUCUAAAUCUCAGAAAGAAGGGAAAGAGCCACCAGGACCCAAACCACUGCCGCUGCUGGGGAACCUGCUGACCCUUGACCUCAAGAGAGCCUUUGACACCUUUUUUGAGCUGUCUAAAACCUACGGGAACAUAUUCCAAGUGUCUCUGGGUCCCAAAAAAACUGUGGUCUUAGUUGGAUACAAGACUGUCAAAGAAGCUCUUGUGAACCAUGCAGAAGAGUUUGGUGAUAGAGAUAUUGGACCUGGUUUCAGGAUAAUGAAUGAUGAGCAUGGGAUCCUGUUUUCCAAUGGAGAGAACUGGAAAGAGAUGCGACGCUUCGCUCUCAGCAACCUGCGGGACUUUGGGAUGGGCAAAAGAGGAAGUGAAGAGAAAAUCAUAGAGGAAAUUCAGUAUCUGAAAGGAGAGUUUGAUAAGUUUGAAGGGAAACCCUUCGACACGACACAGCCUGUGAACUACGCCGUGUCAAACAUCAUCUCAUCUAUCGUGUACGGCAGCAGAUUUGAAUACACAGACCCUCAGUUCACUGAAAUGGUUGACAGAGCAAACGAAAACGUUCGGGUUGGUGGAUCAGUUUCUAUGAUGCUGUACAACAUAUUUCCAUGGUUGGGUCCAUUCCUGAAAAACAAAAAGAUUAUUAUACACAAUAUUCUGCAAAACAGACAACAGAUGAUGAAUUUGAUCAAUGGGCUUCUGGAUACUCUGAAUCCACACGAUCGCAGAGGAUUUGUCGACUCUUUUCUCAUCCGUAAACAGAGCGAAGAGAAAUCUGGCAAGAAAAACUCGUACUUUCACCAGGACAAUCUUAUGAUGAGUGUGACAAAUCUCUUUGUUGCUGGUACUGACACCACAGGAACAACUCUGCGCUGGGGUUUAAUGCUCAUGGCCAAAUAUCCUCAUAUACAGGAUCGAGUUCAUGAGGAGAUUGACAGAGUGAUCGGUGGACGUCAGCCAGUGGUGGAAGACAGAAAGAAAUUACCAUACACAGAUGCUGUGAUCCAUGAAACUCAAAGACUGGCAAACAUAGUACCCUUGAGUCUACCACAUGUCACCAGCUGUGAUGUUACCUUCAAUGGAUACUUCAUCAAGAAGGGCACCACUGUAAUUCCUCUGCUGACAUCAGUUUUGAAGGAUCCAAGCGAAUGGAAGAAACCAAACAACUUUUACCCAGAACACUUCCUUGAUGAGAAGGGCCAGUUCGUCAAAAGAGAUGCUUUCAUGCCCUUUUCUGCAGGACGCAGGGUUUGUCUUGGAGAGAGUUUGGCCAGGAUGGAGCUCUUCCUGUUCUUCACCUCACUUCUUCAAAGCUACCGCUUCACAACUCAACCUGGAGUAUCUGGAGAUGAGCUGGAUCUCAAAGGAGUUGUAGGAGUUACAUUAAAUCCAUCCCCACACAAGCUGUGUGCCAUCAGACGCUCCUGAAUGAAGAAAAUAUGAACAGAAAUCGCAGAAACAAAAGUCUCCUUGUUGUAAUAUGAUUUUGACACUUGUUUUACAGUACCUCGCUUACAAAAAUUAACCAUGGUUUUAUUAUAGUAAAAGUGUAGUAGCAUUGUUUUUUUUGUGUGUGUAUUGAUUACCAUGUGUAUAGCCACAGUUUUACUACAAAUACCAUGGUUAAACUAUGGUUAAUGCAGCAAAACCAUUUAUAAUUAGUAGUUAGUUGUAUUAAGGGCUAUUCUUCUGAGUGAAUAUAUAUGUAAAUAAUAAUGAACAAUUUGUGUAAAACCACAAUUGUAUAAAAAUUAUAGAAAAUAGCUUUAAUGGAAUUAAACAUUUUGAGUCUAAAUUAA